CUGAGGUCAGCUGAGAAUGAUGACAGCUUUGUAACUAUGUCUGAUGAAAGUUUAAACAAAUCAAUUAAAUCAAAACAGGUAGACCUUCAUAUGAAACACUGGACCACUACUGAGAUUGGAACAUUUGUGGAAUUGCGCUACUAUGGAUCACAGUUUAAGCAGCCUCUAAGUUUGCCAAGUCUGACAUUAGAAACGUAAUUUUUUGACAUGGAAUAUAAUUUAUUUGAGCUUUAGGGUUUAAAUUUAUAUGCCUCUGUUAAACCACACUCCUCACAAUGUGCACAGCAUCACUUGGUGGCAACAAAAGUGGAUCUUUUAAAAUUGUUGUGCAGUUCAUGUAUAUAUGAAGUACAUUUAAAAUGGCAAGAGCUAUGUUUUUUUUUUUUUGGCCGUGAAAAUAGUAUUAUUUUUUUCUUUUCGAGGUCUUAGAAAGGUCUUAAAAAGUCUUAAUUUUGAAGUUAAAAUCUGUGCAGCAACCCUGUUUUAAACUCCUGUCUUAUUGGCCUGUCCUCAUUUUUGGGAAUUCUGGAGGUCUAAAAAAAAAUGACUUCAGUAACUUGGUGCAAUGGUGGAAAAUGGGUAAAACCAAUAUAAAGACUUUCUGGCAGCAAUACACAGCCUUUAACUUAAAUUACAAAAUCAGCAGUACAGAGACUUGAGGACGAGUUGCUUCAUGUGGAAAAGGCGAUGGUGAGCGGGGAAGAUUGCAAAGCAAUCAAAGAGGCAGAAGGAAGAAAGGGGCACUGAAUGACUUUCUGAAGGAACGCACAAGAAGUGCCCUCAAGAGCAAGAUUCACUACAGUUAAAGACAGGGAUGCCUCCAAGCUCCUUUUUUUUCAACCUAGAAAAAAAAAGAGGUCAAACGCACGAAUGAUCUAUCUCAAGGAUGAAAAAGGACAUAUUAUUACAGACCCGAAAGAAAUGAGAAAACUUGCCAUGAACUUUUAUAGAGGGCUGUACAAAGCAAUGGAAUGUGACUUAUCCUGCAUCAGGGAAUUAACCAAAAACCUACCAAAGCUGGAAACAAACAGAGCAGCUGAAUUCAGACUAGAAAUAUUAUAUAAACUAUUAAAUUCUGUCAAAAUGUUAUCCAAUAGGCUUAAGAAAUGCAUGAACACAUUAAUGCAAUGUUUUUUUUAUUUAAAUUAGAGACAUUAUUGACUUAACCAAAAGUUAUAAACAGGACAUGGGACUGCUUUCUCUUGACCAAGAAAAAGCUUUUGACAGAAUGGACCACACAUAUUUAUUCAAAAUAUUAGAAGGAUAUGGGCUAUGAGAAAAGGUAAUCCAAUGGACCAGGCUACUUUACAACAAGGUGUCUAUAAUGCUGAAGGUGGGAGGUGGGCUCAGCUACCCAGUCAUGAUAGGCAGAGGUAUCAGACAGGGAUGCCCCAUAUCAGGGCAACUCUACAGUCUGGCAACAGAACCCCUCCUGUGCAAACUGAGGACUGAAAUGCAGGGUGGUCAUCAGAAGGAAUAAAACCGAUAGCUCUCUCAGCUUAUGCUGAUGAUGCUGUAUUAUGCAUUUGAGGGGAAGAAGACAUCAGCAUUCUGAAAAAAAAAAUAGAAAUUUAUGAAAGAGCAUCAUCAGUGAAAGAGAACUGGGAGAAAUCUCAAGGUUUUUAAUGGGACAAUAGUUACGAAACAGUCCUCCAAAGCUUUCAGGAGGCCUACAGUGGAUGAGAGAAGGUUUUAAAUAUCUGGAUGUUUAUCUAGGUUCUGACAGAUACGAGGAAAUGGACUGGGAGGGAAUGGUGGAGAAGGUAUGUGCUAGGUUCUCUAAAUGGACCAGGACCCUGCCACAGCUGUCCUAUAGGGGGAGAGUUCUGGUGUCCAAUAACCUGAUCGCGUCCGUGUUAUGGCACAAGUUCCCAGCACUAGAUCCCCCAACAUCUCUUGUGAAGGAGAUACAAAAGAAAAUAGUGGACUUUUUCUGGACUGGGGAACAGUGGACCAGAGCUCCUGUGCUGUAUCUACCAGUGCAACAAGGAGGGCAGGGGCUGAUGGACAUUCCCAGCAGAAUUAAAAGCUUCAGAAUCCAGGCGGCACAGUGGCCCCUCUACCAGGGCGAGAUGAUAUGGACGGGACCAGCGAGUGCAUCACUACAGCGCAUAGAAAAGCUGGGAUACGAUAAACACCUUUUCCUGCUGAAGAUAAAAAACAUGGAUCUGUCCACAACAUCACGGUUUUAUCAAUCAGUUUUAAAUGCCUGGACUUCAAUUUUUAAGGUGGACAGGAACUUCAAGAACCUGACAGGGGCUGAACUUGAACCUUUGUUUUUUAAUCCAAGAAUAGAAACGCAGUCUCUAGAAUCACCAGCUGUAUGCUCAUUGUUUGUAAGUGCUGGAAUUAUGAAGAUCAGCUCCCUGAGAGCCAGAGGAUCAUGAAGGAAAGUGGGAGACCUAAAAAUAAUCACAAGUAUCAAGUCCAGCCGUUUCCUAAACAGAAUACUGGAGAAGAUCUUCACGAUGGUACCGGAAGAGUUUAAGGAUGCAUUGGAAGUAGACAGCGGGUCAGGUGAGGCAGAACAUCUCUUUCCCUCUGUUAACAUAUCACCAAACACAGAAGACCACAAGAAGGAGAAAGGAGAACUGCUCUCCCUAAGAAAUCUGCAAAAACCAAAAAAGUCACAGUGUGGUAAAGGUAGUGAACGUGGGGUCACUGAAAGGACUGAAGGACUCUAAGUGGUCAGGACUGUUGGGCUCUUCUCCACAAGGUCACUGGAGGUCCCUGUACAAGCCCUCUGUGGAGAAGCGUACUGCGAAUCUUCAGUGGAGGAUUGUACAUGGGGCCGUGGCCAUGACUCCACCAGAGGUAAGGAGUGUCCGUUCUGUAAUUUUAGUUAAUUUAGUUAAUUUUAUACUGCGUCAGGCAAAACUCGGCAUCUGGACAACAAGGAAAAACAAAAUGAAGGGGGAAGGAACACUGGACCCUGAGGAUAUUUUAGAAAAGCUUGUUGCCACAUGCUUAAAAAUUGAGGUUGCUUUUUAUGAACUGACCCACAACACAGACAUGUUUUAUAAAGUCUGGGGAAGAACAAAGCUUUAUGUGUUUUAAACCAAGAAGAGGGCUUGGUCUUAAACUUGUAUACAAGUGUCAUACUCUUUUACCCCCAAUCCUCCUCUUACCAUAGUAUUUAUGCCUUUAUUUAUUUAUUAGUUUUUAUUUUUUAACCUAUAAUUAUUAUUUUUUUAUAUAUAUCAUGUAAUUUUUCAGUCUCACUCUCCUUUUUCACUUGCAGUUUUACAACAUACUUGUAAACAUUACUCAUAUGUAAAAUAAAGUCAUAGUUAAAAGGCAAUGUCUCUCUCUCUCUAUUGGUGUUUAUGACUGUAUAUAUAUAUUAUUGCCAAAGCAUUGCAAGAAAAAAAACAAACAUGGAAAUGUGAGAAUAGAAAUUCAGCAUUAAUGCAAAUAGUGUCAAAUAAAUGUGUGAAAGUGUGUGAGGUUGGUUUUUCUUCACUGCCCACAUUUUAUGUUGUACGUCAACAUAAACGUUGCGACGUUACGUUAAAGCUGUUCAUCGUACGGAAGUAAAUGGAGAAAUAUAUAUUAAUUUUGCUUAAUAAAAUUUAGUUUAAUAGAGUUCGUUUUAACUUUGAAGUAAUUACAGUGGAAGAUAUCAGGUUAUUAAAUGCAUGUGAAAAAUGAAUUAUUCACAUUGACAUUAAUAUGAAAAUGAGCCACUGUAUGAAUGCGUAAACAUAAUCCUGAGUAAGUGCAAUUUACGCAGCGUAACACUGCCCGAACGCGUCCCCCCAUUGAUUAUCUAUCAGGAGUCAGAGGCCGUCAUGCUUACUGAUAUUAUUUCAACUUUUACCAGCCACAACAUCAACUAAGUCGUGGCAGAACUGAAAAAUGUUGGCCGCUCAGCCCGACGCCCGCUAACGCGAGUGGCCCCUCUAUGGGAAAAGAAGUAGGAAGCACCGGUUUACCUGAAAGUUAAAGACCUGCACGGACAGAGGCAUCCCCUCCUUUCUGUCUCUGAGAGACGGAGCUCGCGAACGCGAUCACAUCCGGGGCACGGCAGUUCACGUAGGCGGCGCGUCCCCGUGACACUGCGGAGUCGGCGCGUGCUCAGGGUCCCGCGUGGUUUGAUGAGGAUGGACGGCACUGAGGAGUGCCAGGCAGGCCCUGGUGGUUGAGGCGUUUCCUGGAAGGAUGCUGUUCUCCCGCGUUGGUGUCAGCAAGCUCUGCUUCCUGCUCUCCCUGGCCUUCUGCGCCUUCCUCCUGCUCCUGAUCCCUGGCCUGCAGCUGCCCCUCCGCCAUGUGGAGAUCCCCAAGCCUCGGCCUCACUCCCAGUCCCCCGCCGGCGAUGCGGGGCGACCCGGCCAGCUGCUGGGCCUCGCCACGGGACUCCACCUGAACAUCAGGGCCUCGGCGGCGGGGGACACCGGCGCUACGCCACCAAGCAGAACCCUGCGCUCCGGGGAGGCUGAUUCCAGCAGCUCAGCUGUGGGCUCUGGUGGUACCUUUGCCAGAAACGGACAGAACAGUCUUCAGGCUCUGGAUGGGGAUGCUCGCCGAGCGGGUCCAGUUCGGUCCCAUCUCAGGGAUCAGCUGCAGCUGGGUGACAUUUUUAUUGCUGUGAAAACUACCAAGAAAUACCACAAAUCCCGGCUGGACCUGCUCUUCCAGACCUGGGUCUCCAAAGCAAAGGAGCAGACGUUUAUAUUCACAGAUGGAGAAGACGGGGAGCUUAGGAGGAAAGCAGGGGACAACGUUAUAAACACCAACUGCUCCGCUGCACACACCCGACAGGCGCUGUGCUGCAAGAUGUCCGUGGAGUACGACAAGUUCAUCGAAUCGCAGAAAAAGUGGUUCUGUCACGUGGACGACGACAACUACGUGAUCCUUCCCAGCCUUCUGCGGUUGCUCCAGGCCUAUUCCCACACGCAGGACGUCUACCUGGGCCGGCCCAGCCUGGACCAUCCCAUCGAGGCGGCCGAGCGGGUUAAGAGCGACGGAUCAGUGUCUGUAAAAUUCUGGUUUGCGACCGGAGGGGCUGGAUUCUGUAUCAGUAGGGGGUUGGCGCUGAAGAUGAGUCCUUGGGCUAGCCUGGGAAACUUCAUCAGCACAGCAGAGAAGAUUCGUCUCCCCGAUGACUGCACCAUCGGCUACAUCAUCGAGGCGCUUCUGGAGGUCUCCAUGACUCACACGUGGCUCUUCCACUCCCACCUGGAGAACCUGCAGAGGCUGCCUGCCAACUCAGUGCUCAGACAGGUGACCCUCAGCUAUGGCGGGUACGAGAACCGGAGGAAUGUGGUCAGCAUCGGUGGGGGCUUCUCCCUGGCAGAGGACCCGUCACGGUUUAAAACAGUCCAUUGUCUCCUCUACCCAGACACCAAUUGGUGUCCCAGUAAAAAGCGGCCCUGACCUCCGUGAAGUGUGCCAGUCUGGGUGCUUUGAGCUGCACUCUUGUCUUCUGUAAUUUGCUCUUGACUGAGCGCUCCCUCCUUCCAGCUCUUUCCAGGAGGAUCUGUGUGCCCGCCGCCUGGGUCCGUUGUCUCGGCCUGAAAGGGUGUCGCACUUGCCUGUGCUUUAAUUGCAAAUUCAGCUGUUUGCAGCUGCAGCCAAAACACAGCAACAGGGAAAGUGGAUGAGUGAUAGAACUAUUUAUUUAUGCUGAACUUGUCCGUGGUUCAAUAUUUCAAAACCAUAUAGAAUAAUACAAGGUUUUUAAGCUUAAAGGUUAAGGCAGAGGAAAAUGUCUGGUCUCUUGUCUUAAGAAUAAAAAUAUCUUAUUGACUAAGUUAAGAAUACUUGGUCUAUAUAAUAUGCAGCCCUCUGAAGUCUUGUGAUUGUUAUUGUUCUGCUUUUAAUAUUGUUCUAUUAGACAGGCUGUUGUGUUAAAUAUACAAAGGAUAUACUGGACUGUCUUACCUGAUCAGUAUUUUUUGUCUAGCUAUCACAUUUAAGAUAAAUUAAGGAACAGAAUGCUGAAAUCAGAAAUUUCUGUUUGUAAUUUACAAUUUGCACGCUAUUCACUUCCAUGAACUGCAAGCUUUUGUCAUGUUUUAAACGUGCAAUGUAUUAUUUUUUUUUUGUUGAGAUUUUCACUUUGACCUUGAACAUUCCUGCAGCACAAACCCAAAGGUACGCAUUUCACUGCAGGCCAGUGAAACUGAGGAUUGCACCUCUGAUUUUUUUCUAUUUUAUCCCAUUUUAUUACUCUUUCUGUUGUACAUCUUUUGCAUUUAAUAAAGUGUAGCAGAAUGCCAGGUGCGCUCCUUCA